UAAUUUGUUUGCUCUAAAUGUUUAUUCCAUUUAAUUCUCCUUUUUUUUUCCUAUUACUAAGUGGAAAUAUUUCCUUCUUAGUCUUACUUUUCUUGUCCUGAAAAUCCUGAAACAACUUACCACCUUUUACUUAUUCUUUUUCUUUGAAUUAGCCUAUUAAGUCUUUUUUAUCAGAACAUUUCUCUGAGUACAGUAGAUUACCCUGGAGGCAGCUUUCAAAGUGCAUAUUUAAAUUCUUAGAAUUUGCAAUUUUUGUUUAUGGCGUAGUUUGGGUUAAUGAUGAUAGCUUCUCCCUCAGUUCCAGCCGGAAAGAAAGGACACAGGAGAUCUUGCUUGAAGCAUUGAUAAGCUUUUGUAUAGCAAUGAUGGCAUAUACUUGGUCUAGCCAGGCCAAGAAGGACCAGGAAGAACUUUUGGAAGUAAAGAUAGAGGAAGAGGAGCUGGGGGAGGAGCAUAAAUAUGCCGAUACGCAGGAUCAGAACCUGCAAAAGAACAACACCCACAGCAGGGAGGUCUUCCGACAGUACUUCAGGCAGUUCUGCUACCAGGAAACAUCUGGACCCUGUGAGGCUUUGAGCCGACUCCGGGAACUUUGCCAUCAGUGGCUGAAGCCAGAGACCCACACCAAAGAGCAGAUUCUGGAACUGCUGGUGCUGGAGCAGUUCCUGACCAUCUUGCCUGAGGAGCUCCAAGCCUGGGUCCAGGAACAGCAUCCAGAGAGUGGGGAAGAGGUGGUGACUGUGCUGGAGGUUAGAGAGUUGGAUGAGCCAGGCUAUCAGGUCUCAGUCCGCACUGAGGAACAGGAAAUGUUCUUACAGGAGAUUGUACCUCUAAGAACAGAACAAGAAUCCAGAAUGUGCCUUCCGUCUGUGCAAGCCCAGCCAAGAUGUGAAUAUGCAAAACUUGCAGCCCAACAGAAGCAAGAUAUUGAGACUGGAAAUGAGUAUAGGAAUUUAAAGCAAGAAGUUUCUCAAGAAAUGAAACCAUAUGGGAAUAUAGCUGGCAAAUUUGAAAAUGAAAUGUCUCAACCAGCUAGGUAUGAAAAAACAUAUGAACCUGAAGAAAAAACAGGAGAGUCUUCUGAAUAUUCAAGGGAAGAUGAAGAACCUACAUGUGAUGAAAAUGGAGUAAGUUUGACUGAGAACUUAGAUCUUUCUGAACACCAGAGAAUUUGUCCAGGAGAAAAGCCUUAUGUAUGUGAUGUCUGUGGAAGAGCUUUUAGACAACACUGUUUCAUAGAACAUCAGAGGAUCCACGCUGGAGACAGGCCCUACAAAUGCAAAGAAUGUGGAAAAACUUUCCGUGGGAGAACUGUGCUUAUUCGACACAAAAUAAUACACACAGGAGAGAAACCCUAUAAAUGUAAUGAGUGUGGCAGAGCCUUUGGCCAGUGGUCAGCUCUUAAUCAAUAUCAGAGACUUCACACAGGAGAGAAACACUACCGCUGUAAUGAAUGUGGGAAAGCCUUUAGUCAGAAAGCAGGCCUCUUUCACCAUCUCAAAAUCCACACAAGAGAUAAACCUUAUCAUUGUACUCAGUGUAAUAAAAGUUUUAGUCGGCGUUCAAUUCUUACCCAACAUCAAGGAGUUCAUACUGGGGCAAAGCCCUAUGAGUGCAGUGAGUGUGGAAAAGCCUUUGUUUAUAACUCCUCCCUUGUUUCCCAUCAGGAGAUCCACCACAAAGGAAAAUGCUAUCAGUGUAAGGAAUGUGGGAAGUCCUUCAGUCGCGGCCUUAUUCAGCAUCAGAGAACCCACAAUGGAGAGAAACCCUACAAAUGUGAUAUAUGUGGAAAAGCCUUUAUUCAGAGGACAAGUCUUAUAGAACAUCAACGAGUUCACACUGGAGAGAGACCCUAUACAUGUGAUAAGUGUGGGAAGGCUUUCACUCAAAGAUCAGUCCUCAAGGAACAUCAGAAAAUGCACACCGCAGAGAGGCCCUAUAAAUGCGAUGGGUGUGGGAAUGCCUUCCGAGGAAUCAUCAGCCUCAUUCAGCAUCAGAGAAUCCACACUGGGGAGAAACCCUACCAAUGUGAUGAAUGUGGCAAAGCCUUCAGGCAGAGGUCAGACCUUAGUAAACACCAGAGAAUCCACAAUAGAGGUGAUCCCUAUACAUGUAAAGUGCAUGGGGAGUCAUUUACACAGAACUCAGCUCUUAUUCAACAUCAGACUACCCACAAAGCAGAAAAAUCUGGUUCUGUAUGAUAACUGCAGGGAAACUGUCUCACAGAAUUCAGGCCAGGGAGAAAUACUAGCUAUGAGAUGAUCAGGACAAAAUGUUAGUCACUAUACCUAUAAGGAAACCUUGGAUAUUUCAUAAAAAAUUCACUGUGUGCUCUUUUUCUCAAAAGAGUUUACAACCUAGUUUUGAAGAUAAUAGGUCCACCUAUUUAGUUAAGGCCAUAGGACAGUAGAAUUGAUGUUCAAAUAUUAUAGAAUUAAAGUGGCACUUGACAAUCAGUAAGUGCUAUAAGUUCUGAAGGAGAGAUCACUGUUGCCUGAAGUGGUCAGGAAAUAUUUUGAAGAUAAAGGUUUGAUGGGAAUAUUUGGAAGGCAAAAGGGAGAAAACAUUGAGAAUAGAACAAAUUAAUUGGAGUGCAUGUGGUUUGCAAGCAUCAGUGACAAAACAAGCCAACCUAAAGAGAGUUCAUUCAGUUGGGCAGCUGAUGGUACUGUGUUGGAAAUACAACUUGAGGACAGACACUGGGAGGUCAGAAUGCCAGUAAUUUCACCGAAUACUUUGACACUCAAAGACUUUUUCUCAUUUAAUUUCUAAAAUGUUUCUAUAAAUUAAAAUGAUUCUCCAGUG